AUGGUACAAGGGGAUCAACCUCCACAUGAUGAUAAUUUAUUCAGAGCUUUUGCUAAUGCUCUAUACGCAACGGUAGAUGCCCCAGUAACGUGGUUUAGAGAAAAAGUUGUAGAACCAAACCAGAAAAAAUAUCCUUGGUAUCAUCGUCAAUUCCGUCGCGUACCUACCAUUGAUCAAUGCUAUUCUGACGAUCCCGUAUGUGAUUUCGAAGCUAACUCUCAGUUUAAACGAGACAGGGCUGUUGAUUCAGAGAUUCUUAAUAUUCUACGUAUGCGAUAUGAAGAUUGUAUGAUGUAUGAGACUCCAGACCAUCUCACUGUUUGCAAGCCUUUGUGGGAAAAAUACAAAGAUGCUGAGGAGGCAUGGUUCAUUAAAUAUGGUGACCUCGGAGCUUAUGCCGACGCCAGGAAAGCUUACAUGAAACAGAAACAUCGCAUCAUUUGGGAGAAACGUCAUGGGCCGUUAUCUGACCAAACGAAGUGA